CGUCUGUCACACAGCUAGACUAGUAAGGUCUGUCUGUCAUUCGUUUGCUUGCUUCGCAUCGUGCGUGAUUACUGAUUUGUGAAUCCAAUAGGAACCGGCGGCGCGGCGCGAGCAUACGAGUUUGAGAAUUUGCAAAACGUGUUCUGCGCGAGUAAGAGCCACGAGCUGUGUUAGUUUCUUUUAAGGAACUUAGAAAAGGAAAGCAGUGAAAAUGACCGUGGACGAAGGAGUAGAUAUCACGAAGACGCAAGACCGUGGGGUGUUGAAGAGGAUUAUCAAAGAAGGCACCGGGACUGACACGCCGAAUCCAGGGUGCCAAGUGACGGUGCACUACACAGGGACAUUGCUGGAUGGAUCCAAAUUUGACUCCAGCAGAGAUAGAAACGAUCCAUUUGAAUUUAACCUCGGGAAAGGGUCAGUGAUAAGAGCAUGGGACAUUGGCGUGGCCACCAUGAAGAAGGGUGAGGUGUGCGUGCUCACUUGCGCACCCGAGUACGCUUACGGAGCCACCGGCAGCCCCCCUAAGAUACCAUCCAACGCCACACUGCAGUUUGAGAUCGAGAUGAUAGACUGGAAGGUUGAGGACCUGAGUCCUGGCAAGAACAAGGGCAUCCUGCGCCACAUCAUCGAGCAAGGCGAGGGUAAUGAGAACCCUAAUGAUGGCGCGCUUGUUACAGUGGAGCUGGAAGGCAAGUUGGCAUCGGACGGUAAAGUGUUCGACACCCGCACGGUCACGUUCCCUAUCGGGGAGGGCAGCGAGAACAACAUCUGCGAGGGCGUCGAGAGAGCACUAGAAAAGUUCUUGAAAGGUGAAAAGUCCAGGCUGACCAUCCAGCCGAAGUACGCGUUCAAAUCUGAAGGUAACUCGGAACUUGGUGUUCCACCGAAUUCAGUGGUGGAGUAUACGGUGAGGCUGACCAACUUUGAGCGGGUGAAGGAGUCCUGGGCGAUGGACGGACCGGAGAAGUUGGACCAGGCCAAGAUAUUCAAAGAGAAAGGCACCACUUACUUCAAACAGAACAAAUUCCAGUUGGCCAUCAAGAUGUACAAGAGGGUCGUUAACUUGGUCGAAGACAUGAUCGAAGACUCCAGCGAAACAGAGGAAAGCAAAACCCAGGCUAAGGAAUACCUUGUCUCAGCACAUUUGAACUUAUCCCUGGUGUAUCUUAAAGUGACUCCGGCUCACCACUUCGAGGCCAAAGACCAUGCUAGUAAAGCUUUGAACUUGGACGAGAAGAAUGUCAAAGGUCUAUUUCGACGGGGCCAGGCCUUAUUGGGCUUGGGGGAGGCCGAACAGGCUUUGAAGGACUUCCAGAAGGUGGUGGAAGCGGAGCCGACGAAUAAGGCUGCCGCCAACCAGGUUAUAGUGUGCCGCGCUGCCAUCAAGAACCAGAAGCAGAAGGAGAAGGCCCUGUACGCGAACAUGUUCGACAAGUUCGCCAAGCACGACACGGAGGUGGAGAAACAAAGAGCUAAAGAGGAGAUAGACGUGAUAGGAGAGAAGGUGGGGGAAUGGGGCGCGGGGGAGGGCGAGUGGACCGACCAACAGAGGGACAGGAAGCCCACAGAGUUUGAAAGGGAAAACCCGAAUAUACUCAUGCUAGACAAGGAUGGACAGUUCUCAAACAUGUGAGGGCUCUGACACACGCAGCGCAAGCGUUCACUUUUAAGGUGAUCCCAACUGUUUUUAACGGAUUUUCUAUAUCAUAUACAUACAGUCAUGAGCAAUAUAAUGUACCCACUUUAGGACUCUGUCGCACUAACUUAUUUGACAUUUAGUGAGACUUACAGUUCAAUUUGUCAAAAAAGUUAAUGUGACAUGGUACCAAAGUGCAUACUAUUAAUGCUCGUGACCGUACAACGUUUAAUACAACAGCCUUGGCCUGGGUUUAGGUUUUGGGUUGAUGUAGAAAAUCCGUUAAAAUAGUCAAAUUCCUCACUGCAAGACAAUUAGUGAACUAAAUACAACUGGGUUUUAAUGUAA